AUGCCAUGGUUCAAGGGAUGGAAAGUCACCCAUAAGGACGGCAAUGCCAGUGGAACCACCCUGCUUGAAGCUCUGGAUUGCAUCCUGCCACCAACUUGCCCAACUGACAAACCCUUGUGUUUGCCUCUCCAGGAUGUCUACAAAAUUGGUGGUAUUGGUACUGUCCCUGUGGGUCGUGUGGAGACUGGUGUUCUCAAACCUGGCAUGGUUGUCACCUUUGCUCCAGUCAAUGUAACAACUGAAGUGAAGUCUGUAGAAAUGCACCAUGAAGCAUUGAGUGAAGCCCUUCCUGGGGACAAUGUGGGCUUCAAUGUCAAGAACGUGUCUGUCAAAGAUGUCCGUCGUGGCAAUGUGGCUGGAGACAGCAAAAAUGAUCCACCCAUGGAAGCUGCUGGCUUCACAGCUCAGGUGAUUAUUUUGAAACAUCCAGGCCAAAUCAGUGCUGGAUAUGCACCUGUGCUAGAUUGUCACACAGCUCACAUCGCUUGCAAGUUUGCUGAGCUGAAGAGGAUUGAUCGUCGUUUUGGGAAAAAGCUGGAAGAUGGCCCUAAAUUCUUGAAAUCUGGUGACGCUGCCAUUGUUGAUAUGGUUCCUGGCAAGCCCAUGUGUGUCGAGAGCUUCUCUGAUUAUCCUCCCCUGGGCCGUUUUGCUGUGCGUGACACGAGACAGACAGUCGCUGUGGGUGUCAUCAAGGCAGUGGACAAGAAGGCGGCUGGAGCUGGCAAGGUCACCAAGUCUGCCCAGAAAGCUCAGAAGGCGAAAUGA